CAGUUACACAGAUGACAGACAGAGACGUGCGCUGUUUUUGCCAAUUGGGCAUAACCGAGGGGCUUCUAUGCAAAUAAUGAAAUUAAACCGCAGCAAGGCCAAGGACGGCAAUCGGAGGAGACUACAUUGAACCGAGAUCAUCGAUUUGUUGCGCCGUCGCCGUGGUGAAUCUGGCUUAUGAUGCGUUGUGGAUUGCGGUGGACAGAUAUACAGGCCUGGAUUCGAGACUAUGAUAACCUUCAGCGCCUCGCCGUCAAACUGAUCUACGCUCAGAUUGGCUGCGCAUUGAUUGGAUCGCUUGGCCCGCUCUACAACGGCAUAUUGCUCCUCAAUUUGGGGAUUUCUUUGUUCGGCCUUGUCGCCAUUGAGAGCAGCAGUCAGACACUUGCUAGGACAUACGCUUGCCUCCUCUUCUGCUCCAUUGCCCUCGACAUUUCUUGGUUCUUGCUUUUCUCGCACGAUAUCUGGCACUUUCCCUCUGAGUUCUAUGGAACAUUUGUCAGCGAUUUGGUUAAGCUGACAUUUGCAAUGCAAAUUAUUGGAUUCUCCGUGAGGAUUUCAUCAUCUCUAUUGUGGAUACAGAUGUACAGACUGGGUGUUUCUUACAUAUAUAAUUCAGGUGCUAGAGAUAUAGAUGCAGAUUUGAGGAAUAGUUUUCUCAACCCUUCAACUCCUAUGGUUGGGAAUCCUUCCGGUUGUGAUCAUGCUGUUGGGGGCUCAAUAUAUGAUCCUACAUACUACUCAUCUCUUUUUGAGGAGCGGGAUGGGGUUAGCGACAAUCAGGAGAUUUCUGUACCAGACGGCAUGUCUGCUGAUGGAUCAUCUCCACCAAACCCAUCCCCAGGCAGACUUCUUCAUGCUAAAGAUGAUGAGAAUGCUGCUGCUGCUGCUGCUGCUGAUACAAGAAAAGUGCAGAUGGCUUAAAAUGGAUGGUUAGUUUCUUGAAGUGGGGUUUUGUUUGGUUAUUGGAGGUAAGGGAGUUCACAAUUUGCUCAAUUACUAGACAGACAUAUUGCAUUGCUAUUAUAUGUACAGUCAGAGAUUAUAUUGCAUUCGUUUUACAUUUGAUAUUUUUGUCCUAGUAAGAGAGAGAGAGAGAGAGAGAGAGAGAGAGAGAGAGGAUCCUGAUUCCUGAUAUAUAUAUAUAUAUAUGCAUAUAUUCUAUGAGGUGGUUCUGGUGGGAUUAGUGUAAAAGAUUGUGAUGAAUGCAAAACAGAA